CGGCGCGGGCCGCGCCGCUUCUGGACUGAGCCGAGCUGGGCCGGGCGGCUCCGCCUCCGCGCGAAGAGUAGCGGCGAGCCGAGCCCCGGCUCCGCGGCGGCGCCCGCCCUUUCACCAGGCGGAGCGGGAGGAUGCGGCCCGGAGCGGAGCUCUGAGCGAUGGAAGGAGUCCUGUACAAGUGGACCAACUACCUGGCGGGUUGGCAGCCUCGGUGGUUUGUCUUAGACAAUGGGAUAUUGUCGUACUAUGAUUCACAGGAUGACGUUUGCAAAGGCAGCAAAGGAAGUAUAAAGAUGGCCGUGUGUGAAAUAAAAGUCCAUGCAACAGACAACACCAGAAUGGAGUUAAUCAUCCCAGGGGAACAGCAUUUCUAUAUGAAAGCAGUUAAUGCAGCUGAAAGGCAGAGGUGGCUGGUAGCACUGGGAAGUGCAAAGGCCUGUUUAGCAGAUACUAGAACAAAAAAAGAAAAAGAGAUAAGUGAGACCACUGAAUCUCUUAAAACCAAAAUGUCUGAACUUCGUCUCUACUGUGAUCUUCUGAUGCAGCAAGUUCAUACAAUACAAGAAUUUGUUCACCAUGAUGAGACUUGCUCUCCUCCCAGCAUUGAGAACAUGAAUGAAGCCUCUUCCUUGCUUAGUGCCACGUGUAAUACAUUUAUCACAACACUUGAAGAAUGCGUGAAGAUUGCUAAUGCCAAGUUUAAGCCAGAAAUGUUCCAGCUGCCUCAUCCCGAUCCCUUAGUUUCUCCUGUGUCACCAUCACCUGUCCAAAUGAUGAAGCGUUCCAUUAGCCAUCCUGGUCCUUGUUAUUCGGAAAGGGAUAAUCACUCUGUGAAAGAACCAAUUUCCCUCCAUCGGUUAUCACAGCAACGCAGAAGAACAUACUCAGAUACAGAAUCUUACAGUGACACUCCCCUGGAAGAUUCUCAGAGAUCUGCUCACUGCCCUGGAAAUGCUGUAAAUGGGAAUCUGGUGUCAUCAACCAUUCCGGAAGAAAAUAGAUCGAUAUCAAAUGAAAGAUCUGACCUGGAAGGGAGUCUCUCAUCCUUUUCUUCCUGAAGAAGCUGAAAGUGUUUAAAUUUUCUAUAAAAAAUGCUAUGCAAAGGCUGCUGUAAUUAUAUUGUUAUUAUAGGAAGUAGUAAUUUCCCUUUUUAGAAGGAUUUCUCUGCACUUUAUAGAAUAACCUGAAAAAUAUCUUUGAAGUGUAUUUUAUCUUUAUAUAGUUUAUUUGCAAGAGUAUUUUCCUAAUAUUUCACAGUUUGAAUGUGCAUUUUUUUGGAACAAAUGAUGGUUUAAAAGAUAAACAUCUACAUUUGUAAAUGUUGCUCUUAAAAAGUUUGAAGGUCUGAUUGAUACAGUAGUAAACCUGCAGAUUAUAAACUUUAGCAAAGAGGUUUUGUUUUGUGUUUUCUUUUUUUUUCCUUUUUGGAGAAAAUGCAGCUUGUGCCUGCUGAUCAUUUGUAUAAACAGUCUGUCUGGAGCUUUGAUGGCCCUGCUGGGGCUUUUUUUUGCCUGAGUAAGGACUGUGGGACUGGGCAUUAACGGAUCUAUUCUAGCAGCAUGAUGGUAGUUGACAUUGCCUUCUUUAAAAACACAAGGGUAUAUAUAAUCUGGUCCUUGUUUUUAGCCAAUGAGAGUAGAAAUAUUUCAUGUAUUUUUCUAUUAAAAAAAAGAAAAAGUAUACAAAUAACUUAAUAUGAAGCAUUUGUAUCAAGCAUUGGAUAUUUAAUAAUUGUAUUUAUUUAUUCUUCUUUUGCAUCAAAAAUUUUUUACCUACUUUCACUACUAAAGAUACAAAAAUCUACUAAAGGUUUCAAAAUGGGCAUAAAUUGUUUCUGGUGUGUGUAGCAUCACAAGUAGCUAAUGCAGCACUUCUAAUAUAUACUCUGCUCAUGUAAUACUUUGCUGAAAACACAUCUUGUAGAAGUAAGAACUGAACUAUUAGACCAUGAAGCUGCUGUUGGUAUGGAUAGGUGUAUCUGUAUCUGGACAUAUUUUAUUUGUGACAUAUUUAUACAAAGGGAGCUUCUGUUUUGGUGAUUCCUUCAUGUCGUUUCAGGAUGGUGUACACCAGGGGAUGCAUUCUGCUCUCAUUUACAUCAGUGUAAAUCUGCAUUAACUGUAAGUGAGAUCAGAUUCUGAUACUCAGUAAGUAAUUCAUGAGUAGUAUAAUAUAGUAUAACAGUGCCUACUAGCACCUUAAUCCAUAAGGUUGCUAGCGUUAGCAUUGUAAGCUUUUGGCAUAAGGGGGAGGGUUGGUGUUCAUUUUAAGAUAAGCUUGGUUUAUGAAGUCCUAGCUGUAGAGCACUUUAAGCAAGCCAUUUACUGUUUUUCAUUUACACAAUUCCUAAAUAAAUGCACAGGGUUUUUUUGUACUUGAGCACAUACCAAAAUCUGUUUUUUAUAAUCAAAUCUUCUUUAAUUUGGUCUAAGUCGUCUUCCUCUGGUGUUUAUGAAUAAUUUGGUGGUAUUGAAGCAGUUUGGAAAAGACAGAUGGGGUUGGAUUUGAAGGUUUCAUUAUAAACUUCUGGAAUAUUGAUUCAUCUAAAUCAAAAUAGAUCCAAACGUUGAGAAAAAGCAUAAACUGUUGCUUGUGUAGGCUACCAGUCUUUAAACCAUUCUGUUGGUUGUCAGAGGAAAUGGAAAGGCUCAUUUGAAUGGAGAUAUUAAUGGCUUCCAGCUCAGUGCUGUCAUUUGUGCUCAGAUCUGCCAGUUUUCAUGCACCUGUCAUUUGCAUAUCAGCCACACAUGCUUCUACUUUUUUUUUUCCUAAAUGUUUGCUUUUAUGUAUUCUGUGUGACACCUAAGGCAAUUGUAAAAGCAAGUAGUAAAAAAAAAGCAGCGUUCAGAGAAGUAAAUGACGUAUUUGGGUGUUCUGUUGAAUCAUAUAUAUUGGUUUAGAAACGCCUACUGAAAUUUCACUCAAGUUUUUUCCAAUGUAAUGGUAAGUACAUAUAUAUGGUAAGUACAUAUAUACAGUAAGUACAUAUAUAUGGUAAGUACAUGUCACUUUAAUGGGAGUCUGUUUCUGACUUUCAGCUCCUACAGAGAAAAUAAAUAGUCUGGAUUCUGUGCAAACAUUUCCCUGACACUGAUCAGUACAUGUAGUUGUAAAUCAGUGUUUAAAAUACUGCUGGUAAAUAUUUUAGGCAUGAUUGGUUAGAUAAGAGUUGUAAUGUUUAGAUUCAAGUAUAACGGCUCCCUGUAAUUAAUUACUUCAGGACUCUCUUGGUUUUUUUCCAUGUGACUAAAGCGGGAAUGAUAGAUAUCUUUUAGUAUAUGUGCAACAUAUUCUUGCUAAAGAUAAAUCAGCUUUUUUUUUUUUUUUUUUUUUUUUCUUAAUAUACUUCUGCACUAUGGCUGAAAUCCGAAAGUGUGUUUAAGUAAGUGAAAUGAGUGAAGAUGAUAUACCAUAGUACUUUUGGCAUUAGGAGCUAUGAAGUCAUUCUGAAAAAUUGUACUAAGCUAGAACCAGAGUGGGCCAGAGAAUGCUUAGUCAUGAAAAUUGCUGUUGUUUUGGGAUGUUUUAUGAAAGUGACACUCAGUUUUAGUGUUAACUUCACUGUCUUGUGAACACAGGCUCAGCAGCAUGUCAAGUUAUCUAUUAAAACUGUACUCCAGCAAAUUCGCUCAGAAAGCAAAUGAUAUCCUGGGCUCCAUCAGAAGAGAGGAAGUGAUUGUCCCUCUCUACUCUGCUCCUGUAAGGCGCCAUCUGGAAUACUGUGUCCAGGUCUGGAGCUCCCAGUACAAAAAUGACAGAGAGCGACUGGAGAGGGUCCAGAGGAGCGUCACAAAGAUGAGCUGGAGGCUGGAGCACCUACCCUACAAAGACAGGCCGAGGGAGCUGGGCUCAUUCAGCCUGGAGAAAAGGCUGCUGCAGGAUGACCUCAUUGCAGCCUUUCAAUACCAAAAGGGAGCCUAGAAACAGGAGGGGAGUCAACUCUUUGAAAAGGUAAAUAAAACUGUAUCCUCUUGUCCUGGUGUUAAGUUGAAGGAGGCAAGAUUUAGGUUGGAUAUCAGGGAAGUUCUUUACUAUGAGAGUGGUGAGGUGCUAGAACAGGCUGCCCAGAGAGGUUGUGGAUGCCCUGUCCCUGGAUGGGGCCCUGGGCAGCCUGGUCUAGUAUUAAAUGGGGAGCUUGGUUGCCCUGCAUGUGGCAGGGGGGUUGGAGAUUCGUGAUCCUUGAGGUCCCUUCCAACCUGGGCCAUUCUGUGAUUAACUUCACUGUGGUAUCAGUGUUCACUGUUCCAUGAGUAGUGCCCAGCUAGUUUAUAAUUGUUUCGAUUUUUUUUCCUAUGGAAAAAAGUGAACCCGCAAAGGGGUUUAAAUACUCAAUUAAACCAAAACACCAAACAAACACAGACUUUAAGGUGCAGAAAGCAUGCUUUAUUUUAAAUGAACAAUUCUAUCUCAAGGAGGUUCAACAUCUAACAAUUAGAUUUAAUACUACAUUAGAAGAACUACAGCAAAUUGAAGUGCAGGGCAAUACCUGAUAUAACAACAGCUUGUUUUCAAACUGUGGUUCACUGCUUAGUUGCCUGUAAGUGACUACUAAGUGUCUAAUACUACUACACAAACUCAAUCACUGCACCCUACAAACCUCCAAGAGUUGGUACUGCUGCUGCACUUGAGUACCUAAAUGGCUUUGUUGAUUAUGGGGAUGGCCAGGUGAUGUUACUUUUUUAAAGCCAUUCAGACAGUCAGUGUGUCAGAAGCAGCACCCAAACAGUGGUCGAACAAAGUGCUGGCCGCUUGCACUUUGUUCAGAAAUUGUCAGUCAGGUAUGGAAAUUAUGACAUAAUCAGAUCCAAUGUAAAACAUUAAAGUAAUACUUACAGGAGGGUAAAUGUAAAUAUCACUAGUGCCUUACAUUUCUGAUUCAACAUAAUUAUUUGUGCAUGUAUGAAAUACUAUGCACAGUAUCCUCUCUUGGUGGUAGGUAAUCUUCAACAGGGAGCCCCUCUACCUGUUGAGGCAUUCUUAAACAUCAACAAUGAGUUGAGGCACAAAAAUUAGUUAAAUGUUGAGCAGGAUAGUCGUUUGCCAGGAAACUUUCUCCUACCAACUGUUAAUUCCAAAAGUUACAUUUCAAAAUGUCGUAAAACAAAUGGUACAAAACUUCAUAACCGUUAACUUCGGCUAUAUACAGUAUGUACAUGUCAGUGAAAAAAGUGUUUAAAAUUCUUAGGUCAAUAAUGACUAUAAGUCAUAACGUAUAUCUCUGGACUUUGUCUCAUUCAGGUAGGUACAAAAAUAUUUUUUUUUAAUAUUUACAGAUCAGUCCAUAUAUUAAUCACUUGUAAAAAGACAAGUGUAAA